AUGUUUGCCAUUCAGGAGAUCAAUCGGAAUCCCAGGCUGCUACCCAACAUCACCCUGGGCUACAGCAUCUAUGAGAACUAUUAUGAUGCAAUAAUGACUUCUGACACUGUGGUGGACCUAUUGUCUACUGGGAAGGUGAAUGUUCCAAACUACAGUUGUGGAAGACGGAGUAAUCUGGUGGCUGUUCUUGAAGGGUCUUUCUCUGAUAUCUCCAUCCAGAUGUCAACCACGUUGGGCAUCUACAAAAUUCCACAGACCCUGCCUCGUGCCAGGUGCACCGAAAGCUGUCGCCCUGGAUAUGCCAAAAUCACUCAGGAAGGAAAGCCAGUUUGCUGCUACGAUUGUGCUCCUUGCACGGAAGGGACAGUCUCCACCCAGGAAGAUGCAGACCAUUGUAACAAGUGCCCAGAAGAUCAGCAUCCAAACAAGGAACGAGAUCAAUGCAUUCCCAAAGUGAUAACCUUCAUGUCCUUUGAAGAAUCUUUGGGGAUCAUCCUAGCUACAUUUGCUCUAUUCUUAUUCCUCACCACAGGCUUUGUGUUAGGAAUCUUCAUUAAAUACAUGGAAACUCCAGUAGUCAAAGCCAACAACCAGGACCUCUCCUACAUUCUCCUCAUCUCCCUCUUGCUUUCCUUUUUGUCCUCCAUUCUCUUCAUUGGUCCGCCUCGAAAGGUAACCUGCCUUCUUCGCCAAACUGCCUUCAGCAUCAUCUUCUCUGUUGCCAUCUCUUCUGUGUUAGCCAAAACCAUCACUGUGGUGGUUGCAUUCAUGGCCAACAAGCCAGGGAACAGGAUGAGGAAAUGGCUGGGGAAGAGUUUGGCCAACUCCAUUGUCAUUUCUUGUUCUGCAAUUCAAGUUGGCAUCUGCACCAUCUGGCUGGGAAUCUCUCCACCCUUUCCAGACUUUGACAUGCACUCCCAACCUGGACAGAUCAUCCUGCAGUGUAAUGAAGGCUCUGCCAUCAUGUUUUAUAGUGCCCUAGGCUACAUGGGCUUCUUGGCUGCCAUCUGUUUCAUGGUGGCUUUCCUAGCCAGGAAGCUGCCCGGAGCAUUCAACGAAGCCAAGCUGAUCACCUUCAGUAUGUUGGUCUUCUGCAGUGUUUGGGUGUCCUUUGUGCCUGCCUACCUGAGCAUGAAGGGGAAAUACAUGGUGGCCGUGCAGAUCUUCUCCAUCUUGGCCUCCAGUGCUGGGUUACUGGGUUGCAUCUUUAUUCCCAAAUGCUGCAUUAUUCUCUUGAGGCCUGAUCUAAAUAAGAAAGUGCUUCUAACUGUGAAAAUUAAAAAUGGUAUCUGAUUCUUAGCAUAUUCUUUUCAGUCAUGGCAACCAAUGUUGAGCAUAGCAAUAAUAAAACCAACAUAUUUGU